GUACAAAUGGUUAAUUUAAGUACUACUGUUCAAGAAGCCGCAGCGCGUGAGAUAACGCGUAUUGAGCGUAUUGGUGCACAUUCACAUAUACGCGGUUUGGGCUUGAAUGAUGAUUUGGAAGCUAGACAGAUUUCACAAGGAAUGGUUGGGCAGUGUAAAGCCAGGAGAGCUGCUGGUCUUAUUUUGGGUAUGAUACGUGAAGGAAAAAUUGCUGGACGUGCGAUACUUCUAGCUGGUCCCCCUGGCACGGGAAAAACAGCAAUUGCUAUGGGUAUGGCCCAGGCACUUGGGCCUGAUACACCCUUCACUGCAAUGGCUGGCAGUGAGAUAUUCUCGCUAGAAAUGAGCAAGACAGAAGCUCUGACACAAGCUUUUCGAAAGUCUAUUGGUGUACGUAUCAAAGAAGAAGCAGAAAUAAUUGAGGGUGAAGUUGUUGAAAUACUAAUAGAUCGCCCUGCAACUGGGACAGGCGCUAAAGUUGGAAAACUAACACUUAAGACAACCGAAAUGGAAACAGUAUACGACUUAGGUCAGAAAAUGAUUGAGUCUCUAACAAAGGAGAAAGUUCAUGCAGGUGAUGUAAUCACAAUCGACAAACCUUCUGGGAAAGUUACAAAAUUAGGCCUGUCGUUCACCAAAGCUCGAGAUUUUGAUGCCACAGGUGGUCAGACAAAGUUUGUUCAAUGUCCUGAAGGAGAGUUACAAAAACGAAAAGAAGUUGUUCACACAGUCACUUUACAUGAAAUCGACGUAAUCAACAGUAGAACACAAGGUUUUCUAGCAUUAUUCAGUGGAGAUACUGGAGAAAUCAAGUCGGAAGUCAGAGAUCAAAUAAAUCACAAAGUAGCUGAAUGGCGUGAGGAGGGGAAGGCUGAAAUUGUUCCUGGGGUUCUGUUUAUUGACGAAGUACAUAUGUUGGAUAUAGAAUGCUUUUCUUUCCUUAAUCGGGCUCUAGAAUCUGACAUGGCUCCUGUCCUUAUUGUUGCUACAAAUCGAGGUAUCACCAGAAUUCGCGGCACAAAUUAUCAAAGUCCGCAUGGAAUACCUAUUGAUUUGCUGGAUCGGCUGCUCAUCAUUUCGACCGAGCCAUACACAGACAAAGAAAUCCAAGCGAUUCUAAAGAUUCGAUGUGAAGAAGAAGACGUUGAUAUAUCAGAAGAAGCACUGCUUGUGCUCACUCGAAUCGGUAUGCAAACAUCUUUGCGUUAUGCGAUUCAGCUUAUAACUACUGCGAAUUUAGUGUGCCGCAAGCGAAAGGGUUUGGAAGUGAGCAAAGAAGAUAUAAGAAAAGUGUAUUCUUUGUUCAUGGAUGAAGCGCGUUCUACCUUGUUCCUCAAAGAAUACCAACAAGAAUUCAUGUUUAACGAAAUAGCUGAAACAAUGGCAUCAAAUUCAGGUGACCAACCAAAUGCCUAGUAACUUCUUGGAUUAUUGCACUCCUGGAUAUAUUUGUGUGAAUAGAUUUGACUUUUUAUGCUAUUUUUAUCACUGUCCAUUUGCUCGCUUCCUUAAACUAUGUAUUUGUUUAGGUUUUCACUUGAAAUAAAUGAGUUGCA